UUCAACAUACAAAUCAAAAACAAAAAACUGGCAUUGCUUUAUCUCUCAAUAAUCCUUAUAAGAACACAUAUUUCUACUUUUAAUAGUUAAUUUCAAAUAACGUUUCAUUUGAUAUGAUUGAGAAUUCGUAAAUUCGUGAUUUCGUGAUUUCGUGAAUUCGUGAUUUCGUGAAAAUUGGCUCAAUUUGAAUGUUUGAAAUUUAGUUGGUUUUGUGUAAAAAUGAAUAUAAUAAUGAAGUAUUCUUUUUUGUAGGUUUUGCUGACAUCAAAAUGGAUGAUUUGGAAAUAAUGUGGGAUGAUGCUCCACCUGAAAGGAAUGUGUAUGGAGUUUUAAGUGCAAACAUGUCCAAUUUUAAUGAUAUUAUAGAGGAAUUUCCUACUGACCCAGCUUACAUUGGUGCCAUAAUUGGCCUAAACGGCUCCAACAUAAAAAGCAUUAAAACAAAGUUCAACGUCAAUGUACAUAUAAAUAGUGACAACCAUAUAGUAACUGUGAAAGGUCGUAAUAGAAAAAAUGUUGACGAUGCCGUUAAAUACAUUUUAGAAAUUAUAAAACACUCUGAUCAGAAAUAUAAAAAUAAAAAUAAAAAUGUUUCAUCUCAAAAUCACGAAGUUUCUCACAAUCCCAAAGUUGAAUUUAAAAAGAAAUCAUUCGUGACUCGUUUUAGUGCUUCUUCCAGAAAUGACAAUAUUCAGGUUGCAACUCCGAAAUCUGGAGAAAAUGGCGGAAAUAUAUUAAGUCUACCUACAAAAAAUUUAUGUAUUGGUGGUACUAAAAAGAAGGAAGUAAUGCAGCCUAUCGAUUGGGAAUCUCUAAAUAGAAAAGUUGAAGAAUAUCGUAAGUUGCAGUGGGCGCAUCUUCCAAAGCUGAGAAAAAAUUUUUAUCAAGAAGCCGAGGAAAUCGCUGUUAUGACAGAGGAAGAAGUCAAUGAAAUGCGUUUAGUAAACAACAAUAUAAUGGUUUCACGUUUGAAAACAAGUGAAGAUCAAAUGUGUCUUGAUAUACCAAAACCAAUAUACAAAUUCGACCACUGUUUCAAAGAUUAUCCUGAUAUACUUGAUGAGUUGAAGAAACAAAACUUUACGGAACCAUCGCCUAUACAAAAGCAAGCAUGGCCUAUAUUAUUGAGAGGCGAGGAUAUGAUAGGUAUUGCCCAAACAGGAACUGGAAAAACUUUAGCAUUUCUGCUACCUGCUUUGAUUCAUACUGAUGGACAGACUACACCACGUGCGAAACGCAAUGGUCCAAAUAUAUUAAUUUUAGCUCCAACACGCGAAUUAGCACAGCAAAUAGCAAAAGAAGUUAACAAGUACUCUUUCCGUGGAAUAAAAGCUGUAUGUAUUUAUGGUGGUGGCAGUCGUCGUGACCAGAUUAGAGAUUUCAGAGAAGGAGUUGAAUGCAUAAUUUGUACGCCUGGACGUCUUAAUGAUUUGGUUCAAGCUAAAGUUGUAGAUAUUACAUCGGUUACAUAUUUAAUAUUAGACGAAGCGGACCGUAUGCUGGAUAUGGGUUUCGAGCCUCAGAUUCGAAAAGUUCUACUUGACAUACGCCCUGACAGGCAGACCGUCAUGACUAGUGCCACCUGGCCACCAUGUGUUAGUAGAUUGGCCGAAACCUAUAUGAACAAUCCUAUACAGGUAUGGGUUGGCUCACUUGAUUUAACUGCCACUCAUUCUGUGACUCAAAAUGUAGAACUCGUGGAUGAUGCGGACAAAUUUAAUACGAUCCUGGCAUUUUUAGAAAACCUUAAAUCAAGCGAUAAAGUUAUUAUCUUCUGUUCUAAACGAGCUCGUGCUGACGAUUUGUCUAGUGAUUUAUCUCUGAAAGGCCUGUUAACACAAUGUAUACAUGGUUCUCGUGAUCAGGCCGAUCGAGAACAAGCACUGGCUGAUCUAACCUCAGGUGACAUACAAAUUUUAAUAGCAACAGACGUUGCUUCAAGAGGUUUAGACAUUGAAGAUAUCACUCAUGUUAUUAAUUUUGAUUUUCCGCGUAACAUUGAGGAGUAUGUUCAUCGUGUUGGUAGAACUGGACGCGCUGGGCGAACCGGCACUGCCAUAAGUUAUAUAACACGCUCGGAUUGGGCUAUUGCAAAAGAUCUCAUUCGUAUUUUGGAAGAAGCUGGCCAAGCAGUUCCAAAAGAACUCCUCGGAAUGUCCAAUCGCUUUGACGAGAUGAAAAAAAGACGUGGUAGAGAUUUUAAAGUGGAUAGUCAUUUCAAUUUUGCUAACAUUGAAACAGAUGAUUUGGAAAAAAUGUGGGAUGAUGCUCCACCUGAAAGGAAUGUGUAUGGAGUUUUAAGUGCAAAUAUGUCCAAUUUUAAUGAUAUUAUAGAGAAAUUUCCUACUGACCCAGCUUACAUUGGUGCCAUAAUUGGGCUAAACGGCUCCAACAUAAAAAGCAUUAAAACAAAGUUCAACGUCAAUGUACAUAUAAAUAGUGACACCCAUAUAGUUACUGUCAAAGGUCGUAAUAGAAAAAAUGUUGACGAUGCCGUUAAAUACAUUUUGGAAAUUAUAAAACACUCUGAUCAGAAAUAUAAAAAUAAAAAUAAAAAUGUUUCAUCUCAAAAUCACGAAGUUUCUCACAAUCCCAAAGUUGAAUUUAAAAAGAAAUCAUUCGUGCCUCGUUUUAGUGCUUCUUCCAGAAAUGACAAUAUUCAGGUUGCAACUCCGAAAUCUGGAGAAAAUGGCGGAAAUAUAUCAAGUCUACCUACAAAAAAUUUAUGUAUUGGUGGUACUAAAAAGAAGGAAGUAUUGCAGCCUAUCGAUUGGGAAUCUCUAAAUAGAAAAGUUGAAGAAUAUCGUAAGUUGCAGUGGGCGCAUCUUCCGAAGCUGAGAAAAAAUUUUUAUCAAGAAGCCGAGGAAAUCGCUGUUAUGACAGAGGAAGAAGUCAAUGAAAUGCGUUUAGUAAACAACAAUAUAAUGGUUUCACGUUUGAAAACAAGUGAAGAUCAAAUGUGUCUUGAUAUACCAAAACCAAUAUACAAAUUCGACCACUGUUUCAAAGAUUAUCCUGAUAUACUUGAUGAGUUGAAGAAACAAAACUUUACGGAACCAUCGCCUAUACAAAAGCAAGCAUGGCCUAUAUUAUUGAGAGGCGAGGAUAUGAUAGGUAUUGCCCAAACAGGAACUGGAAAAACUUUAGCAUUUCUGCUACCUGCUUUGAUUCAUACUGAUGGACAGACUACACCACGUGCGAAACGCAAUGGUCCAAAUAUAUUAAUUUUAGCUCCAACACGCGAAUUAGCACAGCAAAUAGCAAAAGAAGUUAACAAGUACUCUUUCCGUGGAAUAAAAGCUGUAUGUAUUUAUGGUGGUGGCAGUCGUCGUGACCAGAUUAGAGAUUUCAGAGAAGGAGUUGAAUGCAUAAUUUGUACGCCUGGACGUCUUAAUGAUUUGGUUCAAGCUAAAGUUGUAGAUAUUACAUCGGUUACAUAUUUAAUAUUAGACGAAGCGGACCGUAUGCUGGAUAUGGGUUUCGAGCCUCAGAUUCGAAAAGUUCUACUUGACAUACGCCCUGACAGGCAGACCGUCAUGACUAGUGCCACCUGGCCACCAUGUGUUAGUAGAUUGGCCGAAACUUAUAUGAACAAUCCUAUACAGGUAUGGGUUGGCUCACUUGAUUUAACUGCCACUCAUUCUGUGACUCAAAAUGUAGAACUCGUGGAUGAUGCGGACAAAUUUAAUACGGUCCUGGCAUUUUUAGAAAACCUUAAAUCAAGCGAUAAAGUUAUUAUCUUCUGUUCUAAACGAGCUCGUGCUGACGAUUUGUCUAGUGAUUUAUCUCUAAAAGGCCUAUUAACACAAUGUAUACAUGGUUCUCGUGAUCAGGCCGAUCGAGAACAAGCACUGGCUGAUCUAACCUCAGGUGACAUACAAAUUUUAAUAGCAACAGACGUUGCUUCAAGAGGUUUAGACAUUGAAGAUAUCACUCAUGUUAUUAAUUUUGAUUUUCCGCGUAACAUUGAGGAGUAUGUUCAUCGUGUUGGUAGAACUGGACGCGCUGGGCGAACCGGCACUGCCAUAAGUUAUAUAACACGCUCGGAUUGGGCUAUUGCAAAAGAUCUCAUUCGUAUUUUGGAAGAAGCUGGCCAAGCAGUUCCAAAAGAACUCCUCGGAAUGUCCAAUCGCUUUGACGAGAUGAAAAAAAGACGUGGUAAAGAUUUUAAAAUGGGUAGUCAUUUUAAUCCUUUUUUUAAACACAGUACACCGUAGUGGUACUCAUUUUUAAGAUUAACUUAGAAACAGUUAACUUAGUAACUUGACCACAACAUUGCAUUUUGUUUUUCACAUUACAUCUUAAAUAACCGCAAUGUUUGAUUCAAAUCGAUCAGUGUUUUACUUAAAUGAACGUUGAUCGCUAAAAUUUAAAAAUAAUUAAAAAACUGUUUCUAAUGUUAUUC